AUUGAGCUGAGGAUCAGAUCUCAGAUCAACCAAUGCACACCUCUAGUUCACUCCUGACUCUGAGACAGAAUAACAAACGAAGCGGCUCUUUUAUGUACAUGUUAUAUCGUUCGUAUGAUUUGACAUGUUUGUUAGUAACGUUCGUUUUAACCUGGGCAAAAUGUAGAAUGUCAUUUUGAGUAAGGUGGGAAGAAAUAACUAUUGCUAAGCAGUCGGUUAACGUUAGUUGACAGCGCGCUGGGCUCAAAGAAUCAGGUAUACAUUUGUCUUUGAGCACAGCCAUCUCUGAUCCAGUGAGAUGGGGAACCAGCUGGCUGGAAUUGCUCCGUCACAGAUUCUUUCAGUGGAUAGUUACUUCUCUGACAUCCAUGAUUAUGAAUAUGACAAAAGUCUUGGCAGUACGCGGUUUUUCAAAGUGGCCCGGGCGAAACAUAGAGAAGGAUUGGUUGUGGUUAAGGUUUUCGCGAUCCAGGACCCCUCUCUGCCCUUGACCAGCUACAAACAAGAGCUGGAGGAGCUGAAAAUCAGACUGCACUCCUGUCAGAACUGUCUGCCUUUUCAAAAAGCCACUCUUACUGAGAAAGCAGCCAUACUAUUUCGGCAGUAUGUUCGGGAUAACUUGUAUGACCGCAUCAGCACGCGACCGUUCCUCAACAAUGUGGAGAAGAAGUGGAUCGCCUUCCAGCUCCUCAAUGCUGUGGACCAGGCCCAUAAAUCUGGUGUGCGUCAUGGUGACAUUAAAACAGAGAAUGUUAUGGUGACAAGCUGGAACUGGGUGCUUCUCACAGACUUUGCUAGUUUUAAACCUACAUACUUACCUGAAGACAACCCAGCAGAUUUCAACUACUUCUUCGACACGUCCAGGAGGAGAACGUGCUAUAUUGCACCGGAGAGAUUUGUGGAUGGCAGCAUGUUUGCCACAGAAAGUGACCAGACACCUCCGCUUGAGGAUUUCUCAAGCAAUAGCCAGAGGACCAGGGGAGAACUCAAGCAGCCCAUGGACAUCUUCUCAGCUGGUUGUGUGAUUGCAGAGUUGUUUACAGAGGGUGUCCCACUCUUCGACCUCUCACAACUCCUGGCUUACCGUAAAGGACAUUUCCAAACUGAACAAGUGCUGAUGAAAAUUGAAGAUCGCAGUAUUAGGGAACUGGUGGCACAAAUGGUGCAGCGAGAACCGGAAAAACGUCUGACAGCCGAAGAAUAUCUAAAGCAGCAGCGAGGCAAAGCUUUCCCAGAAAUCUUUUAUACCUUCCUUCAGCCCUACAUGGCUCAGUUUGCCAAGGAGACCUUCCAGUCUGCUGACGAAAGGGUGUUGGUCAUUCGUAAGAACCUGGAGAACAUCCUCAAUAACUUGUGCAGUGGCGGGCAAACAGGGAAGACUGAAAAACAGGAGAAGGCUUCUCAGGAGCUUAGUUUAUCCAAGGAGCAAGGGCUGGUGGUGCUGGUGUCAGUGAUCACAUCCUGUCUGCAGACACUGCGUUUCUGCGACUCCAAGCUGGCAGCACUGGAGCUGAUUCUUCAUCUGGCAGGCCGGCUGAAUGUGGAGAUUGUGCUGGACAGGAUUACACCUUACUUACUGCACUUCUGCAAUGACUCGAUGCCGCGCGUCAGGGCUGAGGCUGUCCGCACACUGACUAAAGUGCUGGCGCUGGUCAAGGAGGUCCCUCGCAAUGAUGUCAAUAUCUACCCAGAAUACAUUUUACCUGGGAUUGCCCACUUGGCCCAAGAUGAAGCCACAAUCGUCAGACUUGCUUAUGCAGGUAGUUUUAGUGCUAAAAUAAAUGCUGGAGUAAAUUAUUCCCUAAAUUGUCAUGUCUAA